UACUAAAACUCGUACAAGAAUUAUUAUUAACGCUUUGAUGUUGUUAUAAUUCCACAGGAAUAUAGUAGUACAUAGAACAUAUGAAUUUCUUAUGAGUGAUAUGGUUGGGAUUGCAUUAUGAACUUUUGUAUGAAAUUAUUACAACUGAUAUAUGUGUGCCACGAAAAACAAAAGGCUUUAGAUGACUCCUAAUGCUGACCUGAAAUUGGUGAGGAUCUAGAAUAAAAAAAACUGAUGAUAAUGGAAAAAGUUAAUAGGAAACGAACCGCUGGAGAAAUGGAAGGAACCCCCCACAUGAUGGUCGUGAGUGUCGGAGGAAAGGUUCUGUCUCCGGGUAUGCAAGUGUUUUCAGUGCCAGCUUCACAGUGCCAGCAAUUACCUGUUAUUACUGCGGUGCCAGACAUUGAUUCUUCUUCAAAUGUGGCCGUGCAACUUGAGAAUGCAACUUCCGAUAUACAAGCAAGUAAUGCCAAUGUCCCUCUUAUUGAAGCCCAGUUUGAGGCCAAAGACGAUCACAAUUAUGGAAAUGAGAUGCACGCACCUGCGUCUUUAGACCAUGUAAUGUGGAGUGAUGAUGCUGUGUUUUACUUGUGUGAGAGAGUGAGACACCACCACAAUGAACUUGCAAAAUGUGAAGGAAAUAAAUUUACAAUGAGAAAUAUCCUUGAAGCUGUGUACAAGGAUAUGAGAGAAAGAAAUUACAGCUUUACAAGUGCACAGGUUGAGACCAAGUGGUACACUCUUAACACAGUUUACAUGAGAAAUCUGAAGAAGAUGAUGAAUAAGGAAACAGUUAGAUGGAAGUUUUUUGAUGUUAUGAAUGAUCUCAUUCAUAUCACAUCUAAGUCAAAAUCUCAACAAAGUGCCAAGUCUUUUCAUAAACAGUCUAUUUCUUGUGAAGAGUCUCUACCUGACACACACGGAAAGGACGUAGAAAUUCAAAGAAUUGCCGCUGAAGAUGAAAAGGAUCUCAAAAUUGAUAAACUGAUCGCAGCCAGAGAACAGUGUAUAUCGAAAGUGGACAGCCAGUUUACUCAAGCACAUGAACUUGAGAAAGCAAGGUUCGAGAAUGAAAAGGUUGUGAGGGCUGAAGUGUCACAACUCAGUAAGGAAGUUUCUGUGUUAAAGAAGAUAUGUGUCGAGCAGUUGAAAGUACAGAAGAAUACGGAAAAACUGGUUGAAAGGAUAGCUAUGGCUCUGGAAAGAUUUAUUGAGAAAAGUUCAAAAUCGGAAUAAUGGAUAGUAAGUACUCUGCUCAUAAUUUGAUAUACAUUUUUGUAUAUAGGUGCAUUAUGAUUUUUGUCUUUAUUAUUGCUAUAAUUAUUUUAUUAAAAAGAAAAAGAAAAUUAUGAUAUUGAUUACCAUUUUCCUCCUUUAGCUGUUUGUUCUAUAGCUUGCCAUUGCUGAUUAUUUAUCUCCAUUUGACUUUGUUCUCUGCAUCUUUCUCCAACCAUUCUUCUUCCACUAUAUCAUGCAUCACUCUUCAGCACAUGGCCAAAACCUUUCUUCCUUGCCUCUCUCACUCUGUCUUUGGAACAACCUAUCUACACUCUAAUAUAUUAAUGCUACAACCACCUCCACCAUCUGUCAUCAUUGCCGCCAAGUUGCACAACAGAUGGUCCCACUACAAUCUUGUAAACUUUCCCCUUCCUUUAGCAGUGCUAUUCUAUUAUAAAUUAAUCUUGCCACCCUGCCCCACCUGCUUUCACUCUCCUUUUCUCUUCAUGCAGACCACCAUCUGGAGCUAUCUAACUAUGCUCUCUCUGCUAUCACCUUAAAUUUUUAUCUGUAUCCUUCAGGUUGCAACAGCUGCAUAGGACUUAGUCCAUCAUCAUGCAUCUUUCUCCUUUCUCUUCAAUGUUAUGCUGUGGUCCUCCUUGUUGAAUUCCAUAUUCAUUCACAUGUUAAUUUUCAAAGAAGACUAAAAAAAAACUAGAACUGUAACUUUGCUUGGAUUAAUUAAAUUGUGUAAUUUCUAACUUUCCGAUGGUUUAUCAUUAUGUAUUACAGAUCUUUACGCAAAUGUGGAUCAGGUAUGCCUUGGAAAUUGCAUCCCAUACACUCCUCUUGACACCUAUGUAUAUCUGAAAUAUUUUGCUUCCAAUUAGUACUACUAUCUUUUAUUUUAGAUAAAUGACUUUGUGUCUUAACAAUAGGCAAUAGGAUUUCAGAUGACAUUUUCCUCUUGUUUUACUAAAAGAUAAAAUGUACACCCAAUUUUGUCCACAUUUUGCAGCAGUAUAAUGUUAAAAAAAACUGUCCUCACUAACAUGCUUUAAUGCAUAACUGAAUACAUUUCCACAAUCACCUUUUCCUUCUCUUCCUCCUC